AUAAACCCUAAUCUGUACCUCGCCAUUGUAUAUAUAUACCCCCUCUCUCUCUCUCUCUCUCUCUCUCUCUGGAAUCAAGUGCUGCUGCCAUGGCUUUCCGGUGCUCUUUCGACCUCGAGGACGACGGCCAGGUUUUGUUCGAAGAGAUCUCGAGCGUGAGGAAGGUGAUACUGAACAGGCCCGCGAAACUGAACUGCCUCACUUAUGAAAUGGUGGUUCAGAUGUCAAGGGCCUUGGAAGCGUAUGAAUGUGAUCCGGCAGUCGAAUGCAUAACUCUAAAGGGAAACGGCAAGGCGUUUUGUUCCGGAGGAGAUGUGAAGGGAGUAAUCUGUUCAUCGGGGGCAGGGCAUUGGAGCUUCGCCGGUGCUUUUUACAGGAGUGAGCUCAUCUUGGAUUAUCUGAUUGCCACUUGCACCAAACCUGUGAUUGCGCUGGUCGAUGGGAUCGUGAUGGGCGGCGGAGCUGGGCUCGGGAUGCACGCCGCGUUCCGCGUCGUCACCGAGAACACGGUAUUUGCAAUGCCGGAAGCAUCGAUAGGUCUCUUUCCGGAUGUCGGCGCAUCGAAGUUCCUGUCUAAGCUUCCGGGCUCUUUCGGAGAAUAUCUGGCGCUCACCGGCGCGCGCCUGGACGGCGGCGAGAUGCUUGCUUGUGGUCUCGCAUCUCAUUUUGUGCUCUCCAAGGACCUUCCGUUGCUGGAAAAGAGCCUAUGCGAGGAAGGGCCUCUUAAGAAGUCGACCAUUUCCGAUUUAUUAAACAGAUUCGCUCAAAAACCAAAUCUCAAGGAAAACAGCAGUUUCAGGAGAUUGGAGAUUAUCAACAGAUGCUUCUCGAAACCCACCGUCGAAGAGAUAUUAUCAUCGUUGGAAAAUGAGGUUGAGAAUGAUGGAGAAAAGAAAUGGAUCAAAGAUGCUAUAAGGUCGAUGAAAUCAGCCUCCCCAACAAGCCUCAAAAUAACUCUGAAAUCGAUGAGAGAAGGACGCGCAGAAACUAUCGAACAAUGUCUGACUCGUGAUUACGCAAUUUCCUGCCAUAUGUUGCGCCGGUCCAUGCAUCGAGAUUUCUAUGAGGGUUCAAGAGCGAUGCUAUUUGACAAGGACAAAAAGCCCCAGUGGGACCCGCCAAAGCUGGAGUUGGUCACCGAUGAAAUGGUCGACAAGUUCUUCAGGGGUCUUGGUGGGAACGACCCGUAUUGGGUCGAGUUAGGGCUCCCGAUCAGAUCGGGCCAGACAAUGGCCCGGGCGAAGCUCUGAGGGGCGUCCAAGAUUUGGGAGAAACGAAUGGGAGUAGAUCCACAUCACUUUGUUUACGAUCUUUAUUGCUUGGAAUAAAGCCGUAAUGGCUUUCAGUCCGACUGAUGAGCAGACGUGUUUGUUAUCUUUGACGUGUGCGCUAUCGUAUGAAUCUUCUAUCUAGAGCUGCCUGCGACGGCGGUACG